CGCGGCGGCAGCAGUAGCGGGCGCCUCGGCGGCAGGCGGAGGCGGGUCGGCAGCCGAAGCCGGGUUAGUCUGAGGGGGCUGCGUGUUUCCGGAGGACGUGGCGAACGGGCUCCUGAGGCGGCUCCGGCUCCUUCUCUUCGGUUCUUUAUCCGGCUGGCGCGGCGGCUCUUACCGGCAUCAUGAUUUCCCUCACGGAUACGCAGAAAAUUGGGAUGGGCCUUACAGGUUUUGGAGUAUUUUUUCUUUUCUUUGGAAUGAUCCUAUUUUUCGACAAAGCACUUUUAGCUAUUGGAAACGUUUUAUUUGUGGCUGGCCUGGCUUUCGUAAUUGGUUUAGAAAGAACUUUCAGAUUCUUUUUCCAGAAACACAAAGUGAAAGCCACAGGUUUUUUCUUGGGUGGUGUAUUUAUAGUUCUUAUUGGCUGGCCUCUGAUAGGAAUGGUCUUUGAAAUUUAUGGUUUCUUCCUCUUAUUCAGGGGCUUUUUCCCUGUGGUGAUUGGUUUUAUUAGAAGAGUGCCAGUUCUCGGGUAUCUGUUGAAUUUACCUGGUAUAAGCUCACUUGUAGAUAAAGCUGGAGAAAGCAACAACAUGGUAUAAUGAUUGAUAAAGGUCCUGAAGACUGGUUCUAAAUUUAUAUUAUUUAUAAAACCUUCAUGAAGAUCGGUCAGUCCAACGCAACGAUUUUGUUGUAUACAAAAGCAACGUUUGUAAUGGUCUUUGAAGUAAGUUUCCAAUUUACACCAUAGUAUACAGUAAACCUAUUUAAUAUAUAUAUAUAUAUACAUAUAUAUAUAAAGAAAACCAGAAGCAAAUUUGCAACUUAAGACUUGGCAUUGGCAUACCAGGAAUGCUGUGAACUCAACUGGCGGAAAAGUCACGGAAUGUUAGAACUCUUCAAGACUUCUUCAUAUUUUGGGAGUACAAGCUAAAUGCAGCAAACUCUCCAUGGAAUUAACAGUGCCUGUCAUUUUUACCUCCUUACGUCGGAAGGUGUAAUAGAGUGAUCAUGGGUCAGUUGAUAAGGCGUGGCCCUUACCUCUUCCUGCCUGCCAAAUUUCCUACUUCCUCCCCAUUUUUGGAAGGAAAAAAUAAUUUCUCCUGACUGUUUCUUCUGUUUGAAAGCAAGACAGCUUCCUUACGAAUUCUCAUUUUUAACAGUAGCAGAAGACUUCAUCACAUGGUUCAGCUGUAUAAAUCUCUCUGUAAAUAGAUGCUGAAAUAAAUCUUUGUAGGAAAAUGUUUCAAGCCAAAUGUAAAUUUUCAUUACCUACAUCUUUUACCUUUGGAAUAUGCAAAAAAAAAUCAUAUUUUGUACGGAACCGUACAAAACUGUGUUCAACCAUUCCUGGGUUUGUUAGAUGUUUGGCAGGGAAUGGGGAAACCAAUUUUACACUACUUUCUACUAGUUCUCUUUAUCCCAAUUACCAGUAAAUGUUGGAAGCAAGAAGUAACCUUUUUCUCAUUGAAUAAACUGUAUGCACAUAAUAUGUAGCUUCUAAAGUGAGUUUGCUUUGCUUCAUGGUGUUCACACAGUUUAUGAAACAGAAGUUGCCUAGCUAGCAAAUUUGCGCAAGGGCAUUUCAAUCCCAAAUCAUGUUUCUAAUUUGGUUAUUGGUAGCCAGCAUAUAAAGUCCUAACACAUGGAGAAUUAUGUUUUGUUUACUGGUAAUAUAUGAGAUCCUGGAGCUAGAUUUGAAGCACUGAGCUUAAGCGUCCCAUUCUUAUUCUGAGGGAGUAUGUUACGAAGCUAACUUAUUGUGUAAAUAACUUUUUCUAACUAUCAAACAAAUCAGUCGGUUUGCUGGGAAGUCUUGGGAAUUCAUAUUGGUAGCCUUGAUCAAGUGGCACAUUAAUUUGUUAUACUUUGACUAUUAGAAACAACCCCUAUUGCUCCAAAUGGCAAGAUUCAGAACUUUUAUGGACAUUUGAACUGGUAAAAGAGGAAAUGUGAAUGACUUACGCAACAGGAAAAUCACGUUGUUCCUUUCUCGGACCCUUCUUACAGUGACUCUUGAUCAUAAAUGUGUCCUUUUGUUGAAGCAAGCAUGUUAAUGCAAAGCUAUUGAUUUGUUUAAAUCUGAAUGGUUCAAACAGCCAGACAAAUACCAUCGCUUUUGAGUGAAUGAACACAAGUUACUAAUACCCAAGGAUGGGAGCUAUUUUGUCGUUCAAAAGUGCACUAAGUGAUUUCUUAAAAGGACUUUUUGAUGAGACGAGUCAAUUUUGUACAGCCGUGAAAAUCAUUUUUGAAUUGGCGCUUCAAGGGACAGUUCUCCAUCAGCUUCCCCAUUGUAGAGGAGUUAACAAAAAUGUACAUUCCGUUAGGGAUCAUUCUGAUCCCAAAAUAGAACACUUCAAUUAUGAAACAAAUGGGCCUUGCGUUCUGAUAUAGUCUGAUACAAAAUGGGCCUACUAUGAUGUUGGACUGCUUCCAAAAACACUCAGAACAUCCUGUUCCAGAGUUGCAGUAUUAGAUGAUGGAACAAUUGACAGGCCCCUGUUCCAUUUCUUUGAUUUCAUCUUGGGAGACGUAUCCCUUAAAAAGGAUGUUUCCCCUCCCCCGCUCUAAACCAGAGUUCCCCAACCUUUCUGGCUUUGUGGACCGACCCUGCGGGGUGGAGGGGAUGGUUCCAUAUGAGCAGAAGGCAAGCGCAUGGCCAUGCAUAGCUCCGUUUGCAUGAGUGGCAGGCAAGCACACCUGCCACUUGUACAAAUGGAACAUGUGUGCCCACGCUUCCCAUGGCUCACCUAUGUGAGGAGGCGCCCACCUACGCAUUCGCCCACCACUUCCACAGACCAGUUCUGAAGGGCUCAAGACCCGAUAGUGGGGCCUGGCCCAAGGAUUGGGGAAUCCUGCUCUAGGUGGUGGUUUUCUGUCUUAAAAUAGAUAUCACUGAUCUAAUUGUACCUACAACACUGGUAACAUGGGGUAUUGUUUUUUAUUGCACACUCUGCCUCUAAUUAUUUUAAAUAGAAUCCUGUUGAGUUGAGCAGGCCAUGCUCAAAACUUAAACCUUAAAUAUCUUUGCUAUGUAUGCUCUAGUUCUUAUUUGAUAUUUUGGCUGUAGAAAAGAAUUUUUAAUUGACUCUCAUAUUUUAAACCAUUUCAGUUGUAGUUUGUGGGCUGGGAGAGAUGCUUAAGAUUUGGAGCAAUGCACAUGUCCUUCUUAGAGCUAUGAAUUUGGGUUUCUUCAGAUGUUUUGCAAUCUCAGGACUCUUUCCAGAAGGAUCAGGCUGCCAGAUUAUCUUCCUUAUAUUUUACAAUGAGCCUCAUUUGAGUAUUAAGUCUCCAACAACACACUACCAAGUAAGAAGGAUUCCUAACGCAAAAGAAAUAAAAAUCUUCCCAUUUUUGUUCCUUUUCCAUGUUGUGAAGGUAGCGGAGAAAAAAAAUCCUUCUGGUCAUUUUGGGGCAUAAUCUCCUCAAAACAUUAUCAGACCCCAUCACUUAAUUCAUCAUACCCAUCUGACAUUCUGGUUAAGUCAUAAUUUACUUAAAUGUAGGUGAGACUUUGGUUAAAUAAAAAGCAUAGUGUCAUGGUGCUGUAGAAAAUAAAGCGAAGACAAUUUGCUUCUUACGCUGUCCACUUCGGAUGGCAUCCUUUCACUUUUCUAAGAUUCACAUUAAAAUUCAAAACACUUUUUAAAAAAUUCAAGAGUAGUUUUUAAGUCAGCAGAGUGCAAUCUAAUACCACUGCUGUUCUGUUAUCUUGACCCUCCUAUAAAACCCUCUAGAGUUGCUUAAGAACCAGUGGAAGGUUGCAAGUGAUAGUAUAUUUCACUUUCACUGCUCUUUCACA